CAAAAGUGCGAAGUGACUGGAUGGGAGCCAAGGCGGAAAAGUGGGGAAUGGGAGAUAAAGUGGCCUUGUGAAUAGGAAUGCCUGCCCAGAUAUCUGCAUUGGAGAUCAUGGGUGAAGAGCAAUCAGUUGAAGAUGUUCUCGAAAAGUUUGUCAGUUGUCAUGAGCAAACCUAUGAAGAAUUUCUGAGCACUUUUACUCAUCUUUUAAAAGAGGAUGAUGUGACCCAAAGAAGAGUAGCUGGAACUGACUAUUCAGAAACCUUAUUUACUUCAAGAAAAUCAACUCAUGAAAGUGAACCAGAGGGCCACCAUCUGAGAAAUAAAACCAUUUUUCUGCAUACUUCAUCACAAUGUUCAGAAGAGGAACAGAUAGUCCUGGAUGAAGGUCAGAAAGUUGGUGGUUCCCUGCAUGGUGAUAUGAGUCGGGCAGGAAAGAUAAUGGUUGACAAUUUCCUAGCUUUAGAAGACUUGGAUGUGGAUGAAGAGAUUAAGCCGCAGAUGAGCCAGGAUUUGCUGCUGCUGCUUCCAGGAGAAGUAGAACAGGACAUCUGCACCAGCAUUCCGUCCUUCGUGCCUUCUGUGAACCGGCCACUUGCCCCUGAAGUAAAGCCACGACCCCUUGUGAACGGAGCCCCCCUACAAAUGAAAGAGAUACUCGGAGAUGAAGUUCAGCCCUUCUCACUCGAUGAGGAUUUUGAUUAUGACAGUGUGGUGCUAACCCCCAAGUUCACCCCGGCAGAGAUGAGAGCCAUUCAAGAGCGACCCCAGCAGAACAGAAAGAGUGCCAGCACCGACGUCGAGGCGCCCCACGACCCACUCACCGAGACGUCUUAGUGCCACUUUCCUUUUGUUUUUAAUUUAUUAGAAUUCGAAUUAAGUCUUUUACAGUCCCCUUCCUAGGAAUGUAUGUGUGAACAGAUUGAUCAGAGUUAUUUGUUCGAGGGAGAUGUGAGUAACGAGACCAAGGAUAUCUCCCGCCCCUUUGAAUACUCUUCUGUUAAUGUUGCUUCAUCCUCUGGCUGAUAGAGGGUAAU